CGCAGCGCUGGCGGAGGAGCGCGCGGCCGCGAGCAAAGGAGGGAGGGAAGGAAGGAAGAGAAGGAGGCGGGCAGGCAGGCAAGCGCGGGGGUCGGGGACUGAGGCAGUAGAGAGAGGCGAGAGCCCGGCAGCCGCUUCGCGCUGUGUUUGCUGCGCGGGCUUUUGGAGGGGGCGACCGUUGAGUCGGUCCAGGAGAAGCGGGCACCGGCGGCGUUGGUGCUGGCGCCUGGGGGCGGGGGACUGGAGAGGCAAGAAGGGGGGUCGCUGCGGUGGUUCUCUCGCUGUCGCGCUCUCCUUGCCUUUCUCCCGGCUCGGUGGGCUUCCCCCGGCGUCUCACUCGCCUCCGGGGCCCCGCUCCCCGCCCCCCGCGGUAUGUCUUGAUCCCGAGCAGCGGGUUUCAUGGGGCUCCUUAGGAUUAUGAUGCCGCCCAAGUUGCAGCUGCUGGCGGUGGUGGCCUUCGCAGUGGCGAUGCUCUUCUUGGAGAACCAAAUCCAGAAACUGGAGGAGUCCCGAUCGAAGCUAGAAAGGGCUAUUGCAAGACAUGAAGUUCGAGAAAUUGAGCAGCGACAUACAAUGGAUGGUCCUCGACAAGAGGCAGCGCUAGAUGAGGAGGAGGAUAUGGUGAUCAUUUAUAACAGAGUCCCCAAAACUGCAAGCACCUCUUUUACCAAUAUUGCCUAUGACCUUUGUGCAAAGAAUAAAUACCAUGUUCUUCACAUCAACACUACCAAAAAUAAUCCAGUGAUGUCACUACAAGACCAGGUACGCUUUGUAAAGAAUAUAACUUCCUGGAAAGAGAUGAAACCAGGGUUUUAUCAUGGACAUGUUUCUUAUUUGGAUUUUGCAAAAUUUGGUGUGAAGAAGAAGCCAAUUUACAUUAAUGUUAUAAGGGAUCCUAUUGAGAGGCUAGUUUCUUACUAUUAUUUUCUGAGAUUCGGAGAUGAUUAUAGACCAGGGUUAAGAAGACGAAAACAAGGAGACAAAAAGACCUUUGAUGAAUGUGUAGCUGAGGGCGGCUCAGACUGUGCUCCGGAGAAGCUCUGGCUUCAAAUCCCAUUCUUCUGCGGCCACAGCUCGGAAUGCUGGAAUGUGGGAAGCAGGUGGGCCAUGGAUCAAGCCAAGUAUAACCUAAUUAAUGAGUACUUUCUGGUGGGAGUUACUGAAGAGCUUGAAGAUUUUAUCAUGUUACUGGAGGCAGCUUUGCCCCGGUUCUUCAGGGGUGCUACAGAACUCUACCGUACAGGAAAGAAAUCUCAUCUUAGGAAAACCACGGAGAAGAAGCUCCCCACUAAACAAACCAUUGCAAAACUGCAGCAAUCUGACAUAUGGAAAAUGGAGAAUGAGUUCUAUGAGUUUGCUCUGGAGCAGUUCCAGUUCAUCAGAGCCCACGCCGUACGAGAAAAAGACGGAGACCUCUACAUCCUCGCACAAAACUUUUUCUAUGAAAAGAUUUACCCUAAAUCGAACUGACUACAGGUGUGACUGUUCGAUUCUUGAACUAAAACUUUGACCCUGUCUUCACCUUAGUUCUCAGCUCUACAGCUCGGUUGCUGAUAGGUGUAUAAGACAAUUUGUAUUGAGCCAAGUUAGGAAACAGACAGAAACACCGAGGAAGUAGAUACUGGCUGGUAAGUUUCAGUGGCCUGAGAGGUUUAAGUUUCAGCCUUUCUUUCUUUCGUUCAUUCGUUCGUUCUUUCUUUCGUUCUUUCUUUCGUCUUUCUUUCGUUCUUUCUUUCGUUCUUUCCCCCCUGGUUACAUUUUCAUGGAAGUUAUCAUCUCCUCCCUGGAAAAAAAAGCCUACACAUCACCUAAAAAUCAACACAUAGCAGGUCUAGUCAGAGGCUAAAUACAAUUUCACAAAAAAGUUCUGAUACUCCCUUUUUGAUAAAGCAUUUUUUUCCCAACUAACCAUGAAUGAAGAUGAGUCCAUUUGCUACUUCCACCUUCACCUGGAGGUUCGAGAUACACACCUGUACCAAAUAGUGUUAUUAACUGUUGGGCAGUGUGUGCUUUGUUUUCGUGAAUCCUGUCUCAUGAAAUUUCCUGGAAUGUUUGAUCCUGUUUGCUGAGAAUGUCUCUGCUGUAGUUGGAAUUGCCCAUAUUUAUGUAGGCCAUUUUAAUAUUGUUU